UGUCUUAUCAAUGAGGGAUGGUAGGCCAAAAUAUAAAAUUCUUCUCACAUCUGUUAUUACAGGUACCGUUAUAGUAUCUUUAAUACAUAAAUUCAAUAGUCAAACCCUUAGUUACAUACUACACAGACAUACAUAGUAUCACAGUUACGAAGAGCUAUUGAUCACACAAAGCCAUAACAAUCAAAACAGAUCACGAGCUAGACUGCUGGUCCCGUGCUAAUUGUUUCUAUCGGAAUGUUAUCACGCAGAGAUAAACUACUGAUCCAACCGUGGGAGGAUCGCAGAUUCAAAGAUCAUCGUUCUAAAGUAAGGUCCGCGUUGCCAGCCAUUGACGACCGUGCACCGGCCGCCCGCCCGCACGUCGCGCUCAAACUGAAGAAGAAUCAACGCGAACUCGAUAGAAAGAACAAGAUACAGAGCGAGAACUUUAGCCUGUUGCAGCGACUCAAUGACAUCAUGAAAGUUAACCGCCUCGAUAACCACUGGGCCAAACCGUUGCCAAAUUUCCAGCAAAAGGUGGGAUUGUUCUACGACGCGGAGUCGUUGAACAGCAAGGUGACGGCGCGGUCGCUGCCCGAGCCCUCGGAGGACAGCUACAGCAACGUCAAGUGCUACGCCUGCGAGCUCAGGAAAAAACAAUACGACUACAUCUACAAACAGAUGCAUCGGGACUCUCUGCCAUCAAUUUAUUCUAAUUAAUAUUGUAACAAGUUUUUGAAAUUAAACGAUUAUUAUAUUGGACAGAAUUUAUUGGUAUAUAGAUACAUUACAAAUGGGCUGAAGUUAACAUAAUUUCAUUCGGGACACGGAAGGUCCGGUCCCGGAAUCAGAGACUGCAAUUAUUACCGUACUUUCUGAGUUAAAAUCGAAACAUAAAUACUAUGUUAUAUCAAAA